AUGCCUUUCACCACACAGCUCCGCACUAUUUCCCGACCCUUCAUCCAACAAUCACAUCUCUUCAAACGAACUUCCAUCAGAAUGUCUUCCACCAAUGAGCACGGCCAGGGUGCAUCGCACGCCACUGGUCAGAGUGCCGUCCCCAAGAAGGUCCAGGAGGCUGCACCAAAGGGUCUCGAGGAGAGCCUCCCUGAAGGUGUCCACCCCACUGGCAGCAACCCCAACAGCCAGUCUACCAGCAAGACCCAUGCUCUGAACGACGGCGAGGACUCAAUCGUCCCCAAGAAGGUCCAAGAGAUCGUUCCCGAGUCUGUCGAGCGAGCUCUUCCCAACUCGAUCCACAACACCGGAGACCAGUAA